AUGACCGAUACUUUAUCAAAUCUAAUCAAAUCUCAAGGUGGUAAGAUUGAGAUACCGAAUCCCGCCUCAAGUUCAACGAAGACAAACAGUCUGACUAUAUGCAAUGGCGAAAUUGCUUUAGUAAAAGUGAAAUCAUUAUACGAUGAUUUUGACAAAGGGGAGCAAAGCCAUAAAGAUAGAGGUGGUAUCGCAG